AUUUUAAUUAAUACACGUAAGAUGGUAAUUAUCUCAGCUGCAAUAUGUGAUAAAAAUGGAAUUCUGUAUAUUGGAAGAUAAUUCUAAGGAAUUACAACAAAUGAAUUGAAAGAAGUACAAAUUUUAGUUAAAUAAUUAGUAAGUUCGCAAUUUUCCAAAAUUGAUUUCGCCAACUUAAUAGCAUACAUUUAUUGACCAUGAGAAUUUAAGAUACAUAUAUACACCAAUAGAUAAUAUUUAUAUAGUUUUGAUUACAUCAAAAAAUAGCAAUAUAAUAGAGGAUUUAGAAGUAUUAAGAAUUUUGAAGAAUGUUCUUUCUGAUAUCUGUUAAUAAGGUAUGAUAGAUACUGAAGAUUAGUUAGUGAAGAGUCUAUAAAAAAGAAUAGUUUUGAAAUACUUUUAGCAAUAGAUGAUAUUAUAUCAGCAGGAUUGAGAGAGAGUACAACGACAAGUUAAGUGUAGACAGCUUUAGAGAUGGAAAGUUCUGAAGAAAAGAUUCAUUUGAUGUUAACAAAAGCAAGAGUAAUGGAAUAUAAAAUUAAUUUAGGAAAAUGAAGCAAAAGAAUAAGCUAAAAAACAUUAAAUGGAAAUGGAAAGGAAAAGAUAAGAAGAAUUGGCAUAGAAGAAAAGUCAAAAGUAAUCUAAAGCUAUUGAUAAUGCGUUCAAAUUACCAUAGAAUGAAGGUAUGAUUAUUGUAAGUGAAUUUAGAAAAGGUAAAUCCAGUACCUAAACCUGAAGUAUUAAAUGAAAAUUUAAGUACUCAAUCCUAAGUUUAAUAAAAAUUGAAUGUGAAAUCAGCUCCAAAAAAGGGAAUGUAAUUAACAAAAAAGAAAGAAGCCACUUCUUUUGAAUGAAUUUAAUAUUAAUAAUACAAAUAGC